AUGGAGCUGGAAAAUAUCGUGGCCAACACGGUGCUGCUGAAGGCACGGGAAGGAGGCGGCGGGAACAGAAAAGGAAAAAGCAAGAAAUGGAAGCAGCUGCUUCAGUUUCCCCACAUAAGUUUGUGUGAAGAACUGCGACAAACCACAGAAAAGGACUACGGCAGCCUCUGUGAGCGGCAGCCUAUCGGACGCUUUUUGUUCCGACUGUUCUGCGAGACCCGACCUGAACUGAGGCGCUGCGUCAAGUUCCUGGAUGCUGUGGCGGAGUACGAGGUGACUCCAGAUGAGAAGAGGAAGGAGUCCGGUCUGGAACUAGUCGACAAAUACUUCAACCCAAAGUCGGAGGACCAUGUGCCUGAGGUGGAAGACGCCAUGAUGGCUCAGUGCAACGAGAGGCUGCAACAGGAGGCCUGCAAAGAGCUCUUCAAGGACUGUACCAAAUUGAUCCACGACUACCUGAGCGUGGCUCCCUUCGCUGACCACCUCGACAGCAUGUACUACAACAGGUUCCUCCAGUGGAAAUGGCUUGAGAGGCAACCAGUUACGAAAAAUACAUUCCGACAGUACAGAGUUUUAGGGAAAGGAGGCUUUGGAGAGGUGUGUGCGUGUCAGGUACGGGCCACGGGGAAAAUGUACGCUUGUAAGAAACUGGAGAAAAAGAGAAUAAAGAAAAGGAAAGGAGAGUCCAUGGCGCUUAAUGAGAAACAGAUCCUGGAGAAAAUCAACAGCAGAUUUGUAGUCAGUUUAGCGUACGCCUACGAGACGAAGGACGCUCUGUGCCUGGUGCUGACCCUGAUGAACGGCGGGGACCUGAAGUUCCACGUCUAUCACAUGGGCGACGCCGGCUUUGACGAGAAGAGAGCCGUGUUCUACUCUGCAGAGAUCUGCUGCGGGCUGGAGGACCUGCACCGAGAACGCAUCGUCUACAGAGACCUCAAACCAGAGAACAUCCUGCUGGACGACCACGGCCACAUCCGGAUCUCAGACCUGGGUUUAGCGGUUCAUGUUCCAGAAGGACAGUCCAUCAAAGGACGGGUGGGAACCGUAGGAUACAUGUCUCCGGAGGUGGUGAAGAACGAGCGAUACACGUUCAGCCCCGACUGGUGGGCGUUGGGCUGCCUGCUGUACGAGAUGAUCGAGGGCCAGUCUCCCUUCCAGCAGAGGAAGAAGAAGAUCAAGAGGGAGGAAGUGGAGCGGCUAGUGAGGGAGGUGGAGGAGGAAUAUUCCAGCAAGUUCUCCGAGGACGCCAAGUCCCUGUGUCGAAUGCUUCUGGCCAAAGAGCCCUCAGAGAGGCUGGGAUGUGAGCAAGGGGGAGCCUCGGAGGUCAAAGCCCAUCCCCUCUUCCGCUCCAUCAACUUCAAACGCCUCGCGGCCGGCAUGCUGCAGGCGCCAUUCAUUCCUGAUCCGCAGGCCAUCUACUGUAAAGACGUGCUGGACAUCGAGCAGUUCUCCACAGUGAAAGGAGUGGAGCUGGAGCCCAAAGACGCGUCCUUCUACAGCAAAGUGUCCACGGGCAGCGUGUCCAUCCCCUGGCAGGACGAGAUGAUCGAGACAGAGUGCUUUAUGGAGCUGAAUGUUUUCCACCAGGACGGGACGGUUCCUCCAGACCUGGACUGGAGGGGACAGCCGUCUCCUCCGCCCAAACAGGGUCUGCUGCAGCGGCUCUUCGGCCGGCAGGACUGCUGUGGUAACUGCAGCGACAGCGACGAGGAGCCCACCAGGCUGUGACACACACACACACACACACACACACACACACACACACACACACACACACACACACACACACACACACACACACACACACACACACACACACACAGGAUCUAAUUUGUUUACAACUUUUGCACAUUUGUAUUUUUAACAUAGUACUAUCUCUAAAUGUCAGAAUGUAUAUUUUCAACAUAACCAUAAUGUUAAAUGUUAUUUAAAAAAGAAAAAGUUGUGAAAAAUCACUGGUUGACGCGUUCCAAACGAGGAGACGGGAACUUACGGAAGAUGAACAGAUAUUUUUUUUUUGCUUUUCUUGAUUUUUGGAAGGCUUUAUUUUUUCACAUCCACUUAAACACAUGUCCAUCUCACUGAUCUGGAAGCUGCUGCUGGAGCAGAUCCACUGAAACGCUUGCUGUAAAAGUGCCUUGCUGUAGGGCACUGUGGCAGACUAAUGGAGGACUGAGCGUACUUUCCCCACUUUGUCCAGGGAAUCAAACUAGUGACCUUCAGCUCAUGAACUCUGACCACUUUACUUCUUCCUUCCAUUCUGCUGAAAUAAACCUCACUGCUCUUUCUUCUAUUUAAUGUUUUAAAAUGAACUUUGCUUGGUUUUUAAAUGGAGAUGCCAGGGCCAAGAAGUUGUCUCUAUCUGCAGAUAUUUUUAUAUCAAUAGUAUUAUUGUUUUUCUUUGAUUAAGGAUUUCUUUACACUGUAACUUGCGUUAGUGCAGCUCCUCUUAUUAUUGUCAAGAGUGUGUUUUUCUUAUAGAUACAACAGUUGUUUGGUCCAUUUUUACAGAAACUCUGAGACUUAAAUUAAUCAUUUUCAUGCUCUGGAAAAAUUAGGCUAACAUUGGAUUUUCACUAGGUCCAUAAGUUUCAGUUUCUGGAAUUCAGAUAGUUGUUUAGUCCUUUCAUUUAGUCAGUUGUUGAUUUUCAGAUACAUUUGACUGACAGCUACUCAUUUUAAACCCUUUUUUGGCAAAACAUUCAGCACACAGUUUAAUCUGUUGGAAGGAUAAAGUUUACAUCUUUGCAUGUUGAACUAACCUGCAAAACUUGUUAUUCAAAUAAGUCGAUGUUCGAUCAGAAUCCUAGUAUUUAGUUGCUACUUUCAGUAAUUAGCAUUUAUUUAAAUUGCGUUCCAAACACAGCGUUUUGUUACCACUUGUCUCUCAGGGUUUCUGUAGAAUGUAUUCCUUUACGCAAUUGUAUCCUCUCUCCCCCUCUAUGUGUCUUUUCUUCAUGAGCAGAUGAUGGUCGGAUGAUUCUCAGACUGUGCAGGUUUACAUACAGUAUGUUCUCCCUGCUGGUAGACCAUUUCAUGUAUGGGAGUAACAAAGCAAGAGUAACUCGAGCUUUGGGGAUAAAUCCUGAGACUGCAGGGAAACGCCUCUGUUGCAGUCUUCUUCAAACAGAAUGGCCUCUGAUUGUAAAGCUAUUAAAAUGAAAUACCUCUGAAUGUACCAAUGGCUUUCAUGUUAUUUCUGAGGUUGAAGAAGACAGAUGACAGACACCAGACGAUAUGGAAUUAAUUCAUAAAUGUCUGGAAUAAUAUGAUUAAAAACAACAUCUGAGUCGCAUCUCGUCUUAUCUAACCAUGCAGAUUUAUUUUUAUUUGCUCAGGUUUUCAAAUAGAAAAACAUAUCCCUGUGUGUGCAAGUAUCCCAGCAUGCAUUUCUAUCAACCAAAAUAGCAAGAUUUAAACCAAAACUAUCUGCAUGGCCAGAUAUGAUUGCAGUUAGGAGAUAAAAGUGUGUUUUUUUCUCAUUUGAAUGACCUUAUCUUUAAAGUCUAGAGCUGCAACUAACCAUUAAUUCAUGAAUUUUCUGAUUGUUUAUAAAUCAGUCAAUGAGCUGUCAAUGAAUAUGUCAGGAAAUCUUGAAUGCUAGUUAUAAUAACAGCAGUUCUCAAACGACAGUCCAAAGCCAAAAGAUAAGCUUUAAAUUAUAACGUUUGAGAAGAUGGAUUCAGCAAAAGUUUAUAAAUGUUUGCUCUAAAAUGUACUAAUUAAUUAACUGAUUCUUAAUAUAAUUGCCUUUUUUUUGGAUUGAUGGAUUAAUUAUCAAAGUGUUGCAGCUCUAAUACACUGUUUUUUGAAAAGCAGAAUUCAUCCUUUAAGAUGUCUUUUUAUAUUUUUGUCAAUUCUUUUGUUUAAAAUAAUCAAACAAUGGUCUACUUUUUAUAAAUCUCUUUUGCAAAGGGAUUCUUUUUGAAUGUGUGUGUGCAGAGAAUGGUCUAUUGUUUAAUUUCCUUUGUAUGAAUCAGUCUUAAAGCCUGUCAUACUGUCAGUCUUAAAGCCUGUCAUACUUUGCAUUCUGCUAUCUGCCUUUGUUCAGCCACAGAGCCCUCCACCAGUGUAUUGUUAAAGCGGUUCAUUUAAACCAAACCAGUUAAAUUAGAUCAAAGAUGACAAAGUCCUUCCCAUCCAAGGUGCCUUUUUGUGUUUAAAGGUUCUUCUCGCCUCUUUUUAUACACACUGUGCUCAUUCAAAGCCUGCUGCUGCGUCACUUCCUGUCUGUGGUGAAUCUCUGUUUGUGGUCAAAACCAUCACUCUGCACGUCUCUGUGAAAAGGAGGACGAUGAGACUGAAGAACCUCUGGACUUAAAGACUGCUGUGGACUUUCUGGAGUCUCUGCAGUUUUUUUUAAUAAAAGACAGAGGUCAAAGGGGACAUUUUGGAGUCAGGAAAGCUCCCUAACAUCCUCCAUGGACGUUUAAAUCAGAACUGCUGUGCUGUGUCUCUGCUGUCAGAAAAUACUGUCCUUCAUGUUUCCUUUGUGUUGAGGAUGCCCUGUAAUCUGCCUUAAAGGAUGAUUCCACUUUAUUACAACUUG